GAUGUGUGUUCAUACUAUAAUUAUUCUUAUUAUCGUACCUUUUUAUUUAUUAUCGAACAUGCGGCAACACCCUUUUUGUAUCGAUACUAACAUGGCAUGCUUCAAAUGUCAAAUAAUAAACUACAUACGUAUAUAUUUUAAGAUAAAAAAUGAUGCAGAAAUUAUUGAACGCGAGAUACACUCGCAAUUACUUGCCGAUGUGAAUGGUAAUGGAUGUUGCAGUUUUGAAACGAUAUUGCGCACGAACGUCGAUAGAUAGCGCUAGUAUUUGCAACGGACGCGAAUGCCGCAAGAUGGCGGUGACACAUUCUGAUAUUGACAGGUGCCAUGAGAGCAUGGCGGCUAGUGUUUACGACAACUGAUCGCGACCGAUUGAAUUUGCAAGUGACCCGGGUAUCUCGCGUAUUGUUUACGAUCCUACUUUUGACACAGUGUCUUCGUGUUUUAGCGAUCGUACGCCGAACGUUCGUUUGUUUUUCUCUCAAGUAAUCAAGUGUAUCGAUUGUUACGAUCAGUGAAACGUGUGCCCUGUCUCGAAAGUUUUGGAUCAGGUGGUAGAUUUGUCGGUGGAUACAGGAGUGUUUUCGGAGCGGAUCACUGGAAUAUUGCGAGACUCGUCGUUAUCUUGCUAAGCAACAAUGGGAGAAGAACUGUUUGGCGACGAGCAAAACUGAAAUCCGUCGAAGCUGAACUGUACGACAGUUAAUCGAAGAGAGAAAGAGAGAGAGAGUGCGGGAUAAAAUUCCUGGUACAUCCGCGGUGCGUGUAUUUCCGGUAAACGAUAUCGAUUCGAAAGCGACGAUGCAACGAACGUGCCAGAAAGAGGAGAAACAUCGCCUGUGAAUGAAAAAGUAGCAUCGGGAUUCUAUUGAAUCCUCGCAGAUUCAGUGCACGACGCUCUGAAAUCCUACCAACGUCGCGUUUUCCUUCUCGAGAAUUUGUUUUCCUUCUCCCUCGCUCGAUAAAAUCGCGGAUGCCGUCGGCGAUUGCGAAGCAACAGUGAGAGAAGAAAAGUUCGAGACUUCCGUCCUGAAGAUUUGUUUCACGCCUCUGUACGUUUUCGCGAUGGAGUGUCCUUUGCCUCGACGUGCCGAUGAAAACAGUGACUAGUGGUGGGUGGUGAUCAGUGACCCACCGUUUCGAAUGAAGUGGUUAUAGGAUGAUGGUGGAGCGCGUCGAGGACCAUCUCUUCAUGUAUCGACGUCCCGUUUACCGGGUCUUCCAGUACCUCGAAACCACCGACCAUGAGGGGAUGAGCACUGGCGUGGGAGAUGGAGCUGGAGGAGGCGGCGGCGUGCAGGGAAGCGGCGGCGGAAGAAACACGCCGCCCCAUGGAUCGCCCACCCCCAUGGAUAAAGCGACUCUAAAGGUCCAUCUACCUAACGGUGGUUUCAACGUUGUUAAAUUCGGUGACGCGAUCGACGUGAGGGGUAUCAUCUCUUUGGUAACUAGUCGACUAGCAGUCGGGACCAGGCAUUAUAGAAAUCUGUACGCCAUGAGGCUGCAUCACCCUGGAUCGGGAGAGAGUUACUGGCUACAUCAAGACACAACCAUGUAUCAGGUUCAAGAAAAAUAUGAAAAGAAACAUCCUCACUGCGAAUGGAGGUACGAAUUGAGAGUACGAUAUUUGCCGCAAAAUCUGAACGACCUGUACGAAAAGGAUAAAGUGACCUUCUUCUACUACUACGACCAGGUCCGAAACGAUUAUCUCUGCGCGAAUCACGCAGCUCUCGAUCAAGACGUGGCGGUACAACUAUGCUGCCUUGAGAUUCGCUACUUCUUCAAAGACAUGCCACAGAUCGCCCUCGACAAGAAGAGCAAUCUCGAGUACCUAGAAAGAGAGGUCGGCUUGCACAAGUUCUUGCCGCGAUCCGUAUUAAACGGAAUGAAACCAAAGGCACUACGCAAGUUAAUACAACAACACUUCAAAAAGGUUGCCGCAUUGUCUGAACUGGAAUGUAUGUUCAAGUUCUUCGAUCUUUUACGCGCCCAUUACAGAUUCGAUCAAGAGAGAUUUAUAUGCGCUUUGGGGUCGAGCUGGUCUAUACCUGUAGAACUAGUCAUUGGACCAGAUUUAGGUAUAUCUUACAUGGCACACAGAGGAGGAACGGUGCCAACGAGAAUGGCCGAGUUCUCUCAAAUACAGUCUAUACAAACACUGGUAUCAGACUGCAAGGAACAUGCAAAGGCGUGUAUUAAAUUAAGAGUAGCUGGGGCGGCGGAAACGCUUAGUAUAACUUGCUCGAGCCUAGACCAAGCAGAAAGUCUGGCGGAUUUAAUCGACGGGUACUGUAGGCUAGUUACUGGAAGCAAUACCUCGUUAUGGAACAGGAAAGCUGCAUCGUGGAAAAACUAUCCCUGUCCAUGCAAAGAUGCUCAUCCACCAAAGUACAGACAAGAUGGUUCCAAUAGUCCAGAGAAAAAUGUAAGCAAAACGGGAACUAUAUUGUCGGAGGAUUAUGCGGAAAUUGUGGACGAAGAAGGAGAUUAUUCAACACCAGCCACGAGAGACUAUGAAAUAGUUAGGAAUCAAGUGGAAUUAGGUGAAAUCAUUGGAGAGGGACAGUUCGGCAAUGUACAUAAAGGUUCAUAUAAAGGACGGGACAAUCAAGUAAUACCUGUAGCAGUUAAAACUUGUAAAGUCGACGCGGAUCUUGCAACAUCAGAGAAAUUCCUCGAGGAAGCCUACAUAAUGCAACAAUUCGAGCAUCCUCAUAUCAUAAGACUGAUAGGCGUGUGUUCCGAGGCACCAAUUUGGUUAGUGAUGGAAUUAGCCAAAUUAGGGGAAAUGCGAGCUUAUCUACAGUCGAACAAACACCGUCUGGAUCUCGCCACUCUUUUACUUUAUACAUUUCAAUUGAGCACUGCCUUAUCGUAUCUUGAGAGCAAGAAAUUUGUACACAGAGAUAUUGCUGCAAGAAACGUACUAGUCUCUGCACACAAUUCCGUAAAAUUAGCAGACUUUGGUCUUAGCAGAUGGGUGGAAGAUCAAAGUUAUUAUACUGCGAGUAGAUGUAAGUUACCAAUUAAAUGGAUGGCGCCAGAGAGUAUUAAUUUUCGAAGAUUUACAACAUCGUCUGACGUUUGGAUGUUUGGUGUGUGCAUGUGGGAAAUUUUAAUGUUAGGUGUAAAACCGUUUCAAGGUGUAAAAAAUAACGAAGUGAUUCGUAAAUUAGAAAACGGGGAAAGACUUGCAUUACCGAAUCACUGUCCUCCGCGAUUAUAUUCUUUGAUGUCUCAGUGCUGGAGUUAUGAGCCUAGUAAACGACCGACGUUCAAAGAAAUCAGAGAAACUUUGCAUGAAAUUUUAUUGGAAGAGAAACACCAGCAGCAAGAAACAAUGAAACGGGAAAACAGAAGAGUGCAAGCCAUGUCUUGGGGCGCAGACGAUGUACCGCCACCGAAACCUUCGAGGCAACCGCAAAACACGACGGACCAAUCUCAGCUAACCGCCGCAGCACCAGUUUCGACAUAUAUCGUGGCGCAAAGCCCCGAGGUUCUCGCGCAACUUCUCAAGGAUAAUCAAACUAGGGGGGUAUGUCCCUCCGUCUACACAACACCAGCCUCGCCUUUCAAUACCUUAGCCGUGCAAUUUCAAGACGAAGAGCAAGUCUUAACUACCGCCUUAGUUUCAGAUCUACCCUUUUUCGAUCCAGCCAUCUCAGAACCUUCUGCCUCUCAUGAUACUCAUUCAGGAGACUCUACUCUGUCCGACACUAAUUUAGAUUCCCUUGACUCCUCCGACACUCCUCUCAUGUCCAGCCUUAACAUUUCAGACACGACACAAGCUCAGUCCCCCGCUGCCAAUAGAAAGCAGCAGAAGGUUAAAGAGAUGCAAAAUUUGUACGCGGUUAGUUCAAAAGUCGUUGGUAACAUUACUGGAGACUUGUACUCUCCCGUUCAAAAAUUCACAACAUCCAAUGCUAUUCCCGUUACAACCAGCGUAGCCACCUGUGGCGAAAUAUAUGGGCCUGUCGCUAAUUUUACGCAGAGUUCUGCUAUCAUUGGCAAUCUUAGCCAGAGUCCCAGUGUAGGUGGUAAUUUCGGUGAAAAUCCUGGAAACUUUGGGCCUAGUAGCUUGAAUAGUAUCGUAGGAUUGACCAAUCAAAAUCAAUCAAAUUUUAACCAGUUCUCUGCCAAUAAUACGAGUCAGACGUUCGGUGUUGCUCCGGUGAGCCAAAAUUCUAGUUGCAUACAGAAUCCUGCCACUGCCGUCGUAUAUCCUCGUGUACCGAUUGCUAGUUCGGCUAGUGUUGCUAUUCCCUCAUCCAAUACGGAAUGUUUGUACGGGCCGGUACUAAAAUUCCGAGCGCAAAACAUCCAGAACCAAAAUGUCUCCGACUUGAAACCCGUGAACGUGUCGGUUGGAUCUGCCAUACCAAAUGCGAGAAGCAAUUUAGCGCACAUUUCGGCUCCAGGACAAAAUCUACAGCCGAUGCACGCUCAGAGCUAUCAGCAAAUCUAUUCGAACAUUAGCCAUCCAGGGACGCAACCAAUGUACAUGUCACAGUCACAGAAUGUGCAAAACAUCCAGAAACAGAAUCCCAUUCAUCAACCUGUUUCUUACAUCUCGACGCAAUAUACGAAUCAGCAAAAUCAAGCAACUGGCGCUAACCCAAUUUACACGGCGCAAGCAGCCUCAGUUACGGUGGUGCAAGCUCAGAAGAUUCAGGCCCCCGUGUACGUGCAGCAAAUUCAAGCUGGAAUUGCGAGUCACGUACCGUGCUCUCAAGCGAUGAACGUGAAUCAGCAAUUGUCUUUUGAAAUAGCACAAAGUCAUCCCGUGCAUUUCGCCACAUCAGGUGGCUCGGUUCAACCAGCUAACCAACAGCACGUUCAUCCAAGCAUAUCUAACAUUGUAAUGGGGCAACAGUCGACUUCUGUUACCGCUGCGCAGCAUGUCUCGACUCAAGGCAAUGUAGCAAAUCUACCGGCAACUACAACGAACGCAACACAAUAUUUACCACAACCAGUGAUGCAGACGGGAAUCAUAAGAUCGAAUGCUCCUCAGAUGGCAACCGGUGUUGCGAAAAUUACAACAUUCGUAAAUCAAAAGCAAGAUGAACAACUGACAAGCUCGACGGAUGGUACACUCUCUGGAUCACUGAUAUCAUCCGCUGUCAGUGAUAGCACAAUGUCAUCGAGCAGCUCGAUGACAGAGGAGGCACAGCAAGAUCAGAGAACCAUACAGUCACAGAUAUUCGACAGCAUUACAGAAAAUUUCAACAGUGGAAUUGACGACGAACAGAAACUGCUGGAACAACGACUUUUGGAACAACAACGCCAAUCCGAAGAAGAUAGUCGUUGGUUGGCAAGGGAAGAGAAACGCUUAUCCAUUGCAACGAGUGGCGACGAAAGCGCGAGUCCUCCGGUUCCCCGUUCAGUUACGCAGUCACCAAAUCAUGAACAGCACAGCGCUAAUACUGGUUCUAUAGGCUCCGAUAAAAGUACCGAAAAAGUAAUCGUUGUGAAGAAAAUGGAACCUACACCAACCGCCGAUCUGGAUAGAACGAACGACAAGGUAUACGAUUGUACCACCAACGUUGUUCGUGCUGUGAUGUCUCUGUCUCAAGGUGUUCAACAAAGCAAAGCUGAUCAAUAUUUGGAGUUAGUGCGUAAAGUGGGUAUUGAAUUGAGAGCGUUACUUUCAUCUGUAGAUGCUCUAAUGGACAUAUUACCCAUAUCUGCUCAUCGAGAAGUAGAAAUGGCACAUAAAGUUCUUAGUAAGGAUAUGGCAGAACUUGUAACUGCCAUGAAGCAAGCUCAAAAAUACAGUGCUACUACUUUGGAUGCAGAAUACCGAAAAGGAAUGCUGUCAGCAGCGCACAUUUUAGCAAUGGAUGCAAAAAAUCUUUUAGAUGUAAUCGACUCGAUACGUAUUCGAUAUCCAUAUGUAGAUAGCCAAAUUUGUCAAAAGCAAAAUCAUAUUAAUACUUCGCAAGAAUCGAUACCAGAAAGUCGUAUUCGUUCCAGUCAAUCUGGAGAACAAUUUCUGAGGAGAAGUCAAUCGAGUGAACGUCAAGGUACAACAUUCAGACAGAGUCAAAGCGGUGAUCUUUUACAUAGAAUGGGCCAAUCCGUUGAUCGUUCAUUGCAGGGUAGCCAAACUGAUAUUAGUAGUGGCUCUAGUUUAGAAAGAAGGCAUCAUAUCGUCACUAACAGUCUUGAACGUAAUUCAACAACAAGAAGACAAAUGACCACAAAUAGUUUAGAAAGAAAAAGACCAUCGUUAUCUUGUAAUAUCAGUCCUAUGAAUAAUUCGGUUAAUCUUCCACCAAUGGUUCCAGUUACCUGUAAUUUAGUCCAAACAGUUGGACCUGUCAUUCAUCCCAGUCAAACAGUUACAACAGGUAUUAAUCAACAAUCGGUGUUUGCAUCUAAUAAUAAAACGACAAAUGAAACGACAACUGAUAGCUAACAACGAGGUGCCUUGCAUUAAGGAAAACUUCGAAGAAAUUGUACAUAGACCACAUCGUACAAGUUACCCAUUUAUAUCUCAUGCAUAACUCAGCAGCUGGAGAUUUAGUAUUUAUGCUUUAUAGCUCUUUUUAACAUUUAACAAACUUUGUCUAAAUGUACUUAUAGAUAGGACAGUAUUCGUUAGAUGUAAUGGUAGAAUUAUUACUGAAAGGCGUAAGUCACAGCUAUACAGAAAUCACUCCAAAGCUUUAGAAUUAUUGUUAAUUUGUUAUUGUAUGACAUAUAUAGGGUGACACAAAAGAUAUUCUCGAAUUUAAAGGAUUACAAUUGCAGACAAUUUUUGUUGAUACAAAGCUAAUAUUUAAUAUUUUUAAAAUGAUAUUUAAAUUUUAUUACAUAUACUUUAACAUUAUUCAAUAUUAACUAUAACGAGAUUUCUAUUACAAUAUCCAUUACUUCAGAGAUUGUCUUACUGCAUCACCCUGUAACUAGUUAAAUAAUUCUAUAUAUGUAGAUAGAUUUAUAAAUAUAUAUUUAAACGAAUAGUUUAAAAUAUUCUGCAAAAAUUUAAUUUCUUAUAGGACACAAUCUUUACAAAUUGUUUCUAUGAAUUUAUAAUUUAAUAGUCUAUUCUCUGCUAAGAGGAGUGAUUAUAAUUGUAAAAAAAUGGGACUGAAUGUUAUUUCUAUUAGAUAAUUAUUUAGCAAUUCAUACCAAUUUGUGAAAUUUAUAUAAAAUAUUUUAUAAAAAAUAAAAAUCAUUCUUCAGCGGCAAGUCAGUUCCUACAAAAUAUUUCUAAAAAUUUCAUCUUUGCAUAACAAUAGUGUUAACACAUCAAUACAAUGCGCUUGUGACAUGCAAAAAACAUACACAGUGCAUUUAUGAAUCUAUUAAAUAUUCCAUAAAUAUAAAAUAUUCCAUUUUAUACAUUUAUUAUUUUGUACGUUCCUGGGAAAAUUUAGUUUCUCAUUAAAUUAAAAUUAGAAUGAUGAUUAACCAAUUUUUACAUUAUUCAUUAUCUUACAGUUUUGAACAUUAAUGUGCCAAGAUGUGUUUAUUUAAUAUAAACAAAUUUUGCUAUUAACACAAAAAAAUGUCCAGUAAUAUUUUAAUGUAUCAUCCCAGGAAUUUGUAAUUCAUAGUUACGUCAUUUGACACUGCUAUUGCAUCGAAAGUAUCACAUACUUUUCUCUAGAAUUGUGUUAAGUACAUGUAAAUAAAUACUCAAAACUAUCAUUUAAUAAUAAUAUUGAUAAUUGAGUAUUAUUUUUAGAAAUUUCACGAAUGUUUUUAAUAUUUGACACAAAUGAAUUCUACAAUUUAUAAUUACUCAUUUAUCAGAAUUCCAUUGAAAAAUCGAUAUAUCUCGUGGUGUAUGUUUAUAUUGUUUUCAUUAUUGUCAUAUUAUAUAAAGUAUAUCUUUUGUUUUAUAAUUUCUUUACAUAAUAUGUAAUUAUCGUAAGAAUAUCAUGACGAAUAUCAUAAUAUAUAAUGAUAUAAUAAAAUUAUAAGAUUUUUUAGAAUGAUAUUAUUCUUUACGAAAUACGUGACGAAAAAGUUUGAAAAUUAUAUAUCUUCGUGAAAAAAAUUGAUUGAUAAAUCGAAUAUGUUUAAAAAUUCUUUUUUGUUAAAUUUAUUCAAUUAUUUGUACAUAAGUCAACUUGAAAAUAAAAGCCUAAUUUAUUUUAGCUUUACAGCUAAAAUUCUCUUACAGUUACAUUAUACAAGGUUUCGAAAUUUGUAAUGAAAUAAUAAAUAGAUAAAUUAUUUAUAAUUGUUAGUAUGGAUAAUUGUUCUUGAAAAUAUAAUUUACAAAAAAGAAAAAAAUAGAUAUUGGAACAAAAAUAUUCUAUCAUUGAUCCUGUUACUGUUAUCAGUUAGGUGAUAAAGAUUAAGAAUAAACGCAGUAUGUAAUAUUUAAAAAAUAUUUAUAAAAUUGUGUAAAUGUAACUAUGUAUUAUGACCAUAAGUAAAAUAAUAAACAAUAAGAAUGAUUUCAA